UCCAUUUUCCACUAUUUUAUAUAUCAACCUCACACUGAUCCUCUCUAUCAGAAUCCAAACCCCAUAUCAAACCAAAACACAAAAAUAAUGGCGGGAAACUCUUCAGCGUCAAUGGAGCUAGCAAUAAUUGACAAAAACAAAGCCAAUUUGAGCUCAAUCAGAGACCUCUACGAAGUCGAGUACUCUCGCUUCUUCACUCCUCAUUCUCAUUCUCCUGAUUCAUCAUCAUCUCAUCCGUCUCUCACUCCUCUCCGAUCUUCCCGCGGCUCCUGGAUCUCCUCCGAUAUUCUCGCCUCGCUUCGCCUCUUCGCUGCUGCUUUCGAUCGGCGCGGCUUCGUUCUCCUCGUCUCUCUCGGUCGCAAAGUUCUCGAAGAGCACUACAUCUCAAAGCUGCAUAUUACAUGGCCUCAGGUGUCAUGUUUAUCUGGAUACCCUGCCAGGGGAAGCAGAGUUGUACUCUUAAGUUACAAAGACUCUGCAGGCCAGAUCCAUAAAUUUGCUCUUCGCUUUUUGUCGGUCUAUGAAACAGAACAGUUUAUAAGCUCAUUAAAGGAGAUCUUGGACGAUUCAAGUGAUGUUGGAGAGCCCUCUAGCAACUUUGGGUCUGCUCAAUCACCUCCAUCAGAGUGCGUCAUUUCAAGUGGAUCUCCAUAUAGACCUACCAAGGAUUGGAGCCCUGCACCUUCUACAAAUACUCAGUCCCAACGAAUGUCACCAAUUUUGAAUCCUGAUGCUCUCCAAACCUCAAACCCACCAGAACCCAUAUAUUACAAUCCUGUUGAGGCUACUCAUCCUAAUUUUCCUCCCAGCUUCACAUCGUUACUGUUGAACUGUAACCCUGCUGUUCAUCAAGCUGCUGCACAAGUGCAGCCAUCUCUCUCUGAGGAUGCGGAUCUGAAAGAUCAAAUUGCGAGGUAUAUGGAGGACUCUUCCUUUCAAGAUAUGCUGAUGAAAGUACAGAAGGUCUUCAGUGAAAUAGACGAUUUGACGAUAGGCUAAUUAAUGCAGCCUUCUGCAGCUUCGGAAGCCGUAUCUUAUGCGCUCUUUCAUGACUGAUAAACAAACGUUGCAUAGAUUUUAAGACCACUUUGAGCUGAAGUAUCAGAAUUUCAAUAGGAGUACUUACUCUGCGAUGAAUAGGAUUUGUUACAUUUGUAAAGUUUUUACUGUUAAAUAUAUAGUGAUACUAUGUGUGAGUGUGAGUGUGACUUAAACAUCUUUUUAUAUUGUUUCAAGAGUUUGAGAUGAUAAAAGGACUAAUGUUUUAUGCA